UCCUCAACUGUCGAGAGUUAGGAUAUUGAUGGCCAUCAGCAAAACCUGACAGUUUUCAGUUGUUCUUGAAAGUUGGCGUAUCAGUUAACCAUAGCACUACAAUCGUCGCCAAAAUGUCCGAGGUCAUCCUCACUUUUCAGGCUCAGCUUUCUGGUGUCAUGGAAACAGUCUUCAAGGCUGCCAUGUUCGAAAUAACACGCUUGGUGGAGGACAGCUUUCUGGAGGAGGUAUCAAGGAGCAGAGAACAGGUUGAAGCCUUGAAGAAACGGCUCCAAUGGUCUGAAACCCGGCGCAAAGACCGUGAAGGAGGUCGGAUGAUGAGAUGUGCAGAGUGUGGAAAACUUUCAAACGAGGAGACAGGGUUUAGAAACUCAGGACCACAAGGCAAGCAAAAAGAACGUGGUCUCAAGCAGGAGAAGACUUCAGAGGAGAAGUGGAGAAGCUGUGGAGGCGUGACACAGGAUGCAUCCCCUGCUGAUGUGGAUGCAGAAAUCACACCCACUUCAGCUACUCAUUCUGAGCCUACAGAUGGACAAAAGAACAACUUGCACUCCAAGCUUAAAGAGGAGGCUCUCCAAAUGACCCCCGACAACAGUACUCUGACUGAAGACUGGGGCAUGGGCGGGGAAGAUGUGGAUGCAUUCAACACCUCUGCUCACACUAAGAGCCUCGGUAACCAGGACCUGCCUCGGUGCCAGGAGGACUGGGAAGGUGAAUUAGCUCAGGACACUGAACUGGAUCAUGAGAAUGAACUGGAUGACAUGUCUGGGUUUGAAUACCAGGCUCGUUACCACAUGGGAGACCUCACCAGUCUGGAGAGAACUGGUUAUGACAACCAAGAGCUCACUAUGGAGGGAAUGGAUGGCUUGGCAGACUCUUCCCAAAGACUGGGAGGAGGGUUGAAUUACGGGGUCCCGGUGGGUUCCUUCCAGACAGAUCUGGCCGUCUGUGAAGAGGGCGAUAGACGUACCCACGUGUCGGGAUCCCUUCGGAGCAGGAAGGGCGAUCUGGGAGAGCAUUUGGAGUCACCGUCGGGAUCUUUGCACGGCAACGCGGACACAAGUGACCUAAAUUGCCUGUUGAUCAACGAGGAUGGAUACCUUCAAGACACCAGCGGCCUGUACCAGGAUGGGAGAGAAAUGACAGAAAUCGGACACAAAAGGCAUUCGCUCCAUACUGGGAACGCGUCUCACGACAACCUCGAUGGCCUUCACGUCGGAGACACUUUCAGUCACGCCCUGGACCUGAACAACGGCCUGAUGGACCACAUCGGCGAUGAGAGAGAGAGACUACACACGUGCACUCAGUGCAUGAUUACUUUCCCUGACAAAGCUUCCCUCAAAUCCCACAUGCACUCCCAUCGAUCCGGCUCCGCGUCCUCUUACCACUGCAACCAGUGCGGAAAGACGUUCACGCAGGCGUGCAACCUCAAAGUGCACCAGCGCAUCCACCAGGGCGAGGGCUUGCAUCUGUGCAGCCACUGCGGUAAGGGUUUCACAUCCUUCAUGGACCUGCGAAAGCACCGAUGCAGUAAAGCGGUGGACAAGCCCUACUGCUGCACGCUCUGCGGCAACAAGUUCAGCCGCCUGUGGAACCUGAAACUGCACAGGCGUAUACACACCCAGGAAAAACCCCACUGCUGCCCCAUGUGCGACAAGAGCUUCACGCGCGCGGACAUCCUGAAGGUCCACCUGCGGACGCACACCGGCGAGAGACCUUACUGCUGCACGUUGUGUGGCCUAAGCUUCAAACGACUGGAUCACCUAAAAUCGCACCAGCGCAAACACGGCCACGAAGUGCAGAGUUGAGAAACAUGUGCCACGUGGCAUCGUUCGAUGGUGGGACAGUAAGAAAACAGCCGAGCGGCCCAGAAAGCAUAGGGCAUCGGAGAUAAUCGACGGCGUUUCCUUCGAAGACGUGUAAAACAAACAGACCCCCCCCCACCCA